GGGCGUUCCAGCUCCAGCAGCAGCAGCGGCGGCGGCAUCAUCCUCGGUACUGGAGCACCCGGACCCGGGACAACACUUCGUCUGCAUACAGACGUCAUGAAUUGUUGAGUUGGUCAAAAUGAACAAACCUAAAAUGGCCACAGAAAAAGGUGUUCCCAGUAACUCCAGGGUGCUGAUGCUUCUGGGCCAACUGGAGAGGAUGAGUGGAGAGGCCAUGGUGAAGGAUGUCGAAACAGCUCGACAGGUCACCGCAAAGAUACUUCAUCUCAUACAGACGCAGGAGAAGAGCGGAAAAGAGGUGAUGUCCAAAGGCUCCAGCGGCAUGGAGGUCAUCCUGUCUUCACUGGAGAACUCCAGAGAUGUCCAGACCACACUGAACAUCCUGUACAUUCUCAGUGAGCUACUGACUGUGGGCCGAGCUCGCAGGGUGGGAGUGUUUGUGUCUAAAGGAGGAACAGGAAUAUUGUUCCAGAUUCUGAUCACUGCCAGUAAAGAGUUGCCUCCCAGUGAGGAACUCAUGCUGCAGCUUCACUCACUGCUGGCCAAGGUCGGCCCGAAAGACAGAAAGUUUGGUGUGAAGGCUCGUUUGACCGGAGCUCUGAACGUCACAGUCAACAUAAUGAAACAGAACCUACAGAACACCAAACUUCUUCUGCCCUGCCUGCAGGUUCUCAGGGUUUACUCUACCAACUCAGUGAAUGCUAUUUCUUUGGGUAAGAAUGGAGUGGUGGAGCUCAUGUUCAAGAUCAUUGCACCGUACAGCAAAAAGAACACCAGCCUGCUCAAGGUAGCUCUGGACGCACUGGGAGCACUGCUCAAAUCCAAAACUAAUGCUCGCCGUGCAGUGGACGGCAGACACGUGCCUGCCUUGCUUGCUCUGUACCUGGAUUGGCAUCGCAAUGACACUCGGCAUCGCCAUAUGCUGAUUCGCAAAGGGUUUCUGGUCUGCCUCAGAAACAUCAUCAACAUCAAGCUCGGCAGGAAGGCGUUCAUAGAAGCAGAUGGCAUGAGGAUUCUCUACAACUCAUCCACUGAGUGUCUCCCUGUGCGGACCCUGGAUCCUCUGGUUAACACCUCGAGUAUCAUCAUGAGGAAAUGUUUUCCGAAGAACCGUCUGCCUCUGCCCACCAUCAAAUCAGCCUUUAACUACCAGCUGCCACACAUACCUGCUGCAGGACCUGUGGCACAGCUGUACAGUCAGCCUGCUGGGGUGGAUGAUGUAGUGGAUGAAAGUGAUGAUAACGACGAGACGGAGGCCGACACAGAGAACGAUAGCGAGAAUGAAGAGGAUGAGAAGAAUCAUAGCUCUGCGAAUGAUGACAUAGAGACAGACCUAAACAAGCUACAUCCCAAAAAGAGUCCUAGUCGUCCAUUGGAGGAGUUAAGAGUCUAUGAGCGAUUCUUUCUGGAGCUGUCUGAGGACUUUCAGGGGUAUAACUUUGACUGCUCAAAGAGUGCCUCUUCAUCCUCAUCAUCAGCCUCAAGUCGAUCCCCUCGGCCAAUCAUAGUUCCCACAGCUCAAUCCCUGUCACCAAAGCAUGUCCCCAAACAGAGUUCCCAGGGGGAUUGUAGCUCUACCAAAGGACGACACACUCAGCCGCCCCCCUCCGCUUCCACUCCCUCUCACCCUGCAUCACAACCUCCGCUUGAACUGAACACCGUCCACCUCAUCAAGGACCAAGACAAAAAAGAAGAGGCCCACAUUCCUUCCCCAGAUGGACAUGCGACUUUGUCCUCCCUCACCAGUCCUCCCUCUCAAGGGCAGAGAAUUGAACAGGAACUCGCGCAUGUGUUGGAGUGCGUCUCCCUAGAGGAGGAGGGGGCUCUUAAUGCAGAAGACGGAAUAAAUGAAGUCAAGCAAGCAGGAUCUCCGGUCAAUGCCACCAGACUCAUACAGUCUCCUCUGCUGUUGGGUGGUAUCGUGACACGUCGUGUUGGAGGAGGCGGUGGCAGUAACUGGGGUUCAGAUUGUGGCUCAGAGGGAGCUGAUGAUGAAGGAGGGGAAGGAGCAGUUCUGGAGGUGCCAGACACAGCGCUGCUCCUCUCACUGCACGACCCUGACCUUUACGUGGAGAUGGUUAAGGGAACACACUCUGUACCUCAGUAUGCUGAAGUGGCUUAUCCAGACUACUUUGGCCACGUAGCCCCAACAUUUAGAGAACCCCUCAUGGAAAGAGUUUAUGGUGUACAGAGGUCUAAGAUAUUCCAGGACAUUGAGAGGAUGAUUCAUCCUAAUGAUAUCCUGGAUAAAGUCGUUUAUGACCUGGACAUCCUCAGUUGUCCCGUGAUUGAAGACGACGGUGAAUCGCUAAAGUUCAACUCUCAGUUUGAGUCUGGCAACCUCAGGAAGGCAGUUCAAGUUAGGAAAUAUGAGUAUGACCUGGUGCUGAAUUCAGACAUCAACAGUAAUCACUACCACCAGUGGUUCUACUUUGAGGUGAGCGGCAUGCGUGUCGGAACUACUUACCGCUUCAACAUCAUCAACUCUGAGAAGUCAAACAGCCAGUUCAACUAUGGCAUGCAGGUGCUGAUGUACUCUGUCCAAGAGGCGAUCAGUGGGAGGCCUCGUUGGGUCAGAACAGGAACAGAUAUCUGUUACUACAAGAAUCAUUUUGCAAGGAGCUCCAUCGCAGCUGGCGGUCAGAAAGGAAAGUCCUACUAUACAUUGACCUUCAGCACAAACUUCAGCCAUAAGGAUGAUGUCUGCUACUUUGCCUAUCAUUACCCUUACACAUACUCCACUCUUAAGAUGCACCUGUCCAAACUGGAGGCUUUGAGGACCCCAAAGAUCUACCUGAGACAGGACGUCCUAUGUGAGACCCUGGGGGGAAACGGCUGCCCCCUUCUCACCAUCACUGCCAUGCCGGAGUCCAACUCCAAUGAUCACAUCUGUCAAUUUAGGAAUCGUCCAUUGAUCUUCCUGUCGGCCAGAGUGCACCCUGGAGAGACCAAUGCCAGCUGGGUAAUGAAGGGCACGCUGGAGUUCCUGAUGGGCACCAGCUCGCAGGCAGCCAGCCUGAGGGAGGCCUACAUCUUCAAGAUAGUCCCCAUGCUCAACCCUGAUGGAGUUGUAAAUGGAAACCAUCGCUGUUCUCUGAGUGGAGAGGAUUUGAAUCGCCAGUGGCAGAGCCCCAAUCCUGAGCUCCACCCCACCAUCUUCCACACUAAGAGCCUGCUGCAGUACCUUGCACACAUACAGAGGGCACCACUGGUGUUCUGUGACUACCACGGUCAUUCCAGAAAGAAAAACGUGUUUAUGUAUGGCUGCAGUGUGAAGGAGACGGUCUGGCAGUCCAAUAUCAGUGCUUCGUCCAGUGACCUACAGGAGGACCUUGGAUACAGGGCUCUUCCUAAGAUCCUCUCUCAGAUCGCCCCAGCCUUCAGCAUGGGGAGCUGCAGUUUUGUUGUGGAGCGCUCUAAAGAGUCGACUGCUCGUGUAGUUGUAUGGAGAGAGAUAGGAGUACAGCGCAGUUACACCAUGGAGAGCACACUCUGUGGUUGUGACCAAGGCAAAUACAAGGGGCUUCAGAUCGGUACCAGAGAGCUGGAGGAGAUGGGAGCUCAGUUCUGUGUAGCCCUGCUGAGGCUGAAGCGGCUGACAAGCAUCCGCAACCACCAACACCUGCUGGAUUUGGAGGGUGACAUCAUUGGGACACAGACUAAAGUGGUCAGCUGCCCCACUACCUACGUGAUGGAGGAGGACGAGCCCUCCUUUCUGGAGGCAAUAGACUACAGUGCAGAGAGCAAUGAUGAGGACCCUGAGGCUGAAAACGAGCUUGGCAGCGAAGUCCACAAGAACCCUGAACAUCUGGAUCAUCUGUCAGACUCAGAGAUGAAUCACAGGGACUAACGUUGAGGUGUUCGCCCUCUCUGUACCCGGAGGUUUGAGCUUAUAACCAUUCAGUGCUUGGACUGUUCUCUGAUCUCAAAUACUGAUCUCACUUCUCAUUUAGAUUUACACCUGACACUAUGUAGAUGCUAUCAUGGUACAUACGCUACUUUGACACCAGUCAGGUGCUCUGUUCCCUGAUGAAUUGAUUUUGUUGACCCACCAGAGGCCCACCUGCUUCUGAGGGUGCACACUCCAAUGGCCUUUUCCCUCAGUAAGGCUGUUGUAAGCUCUGACUAAGAUUCAGGGUUGAUCUCAAUGAAUGUUCUCACCAUUAGCUGUCGCACUAUAACCUUCAUGAACUGUGACCCCUGACCUCAGACACUAUUUAUCCUCUGAGAUCCACAUAUAGUUGAACCACAGUAACAAACAGCAGGCACCACCAGUCCUUAACUUGAGCCGAUGUUUCAGUGAAGCGGCCUAACAAGGCUGUAGUGAACUAGAGGCAUCAGCUUCUUUAGGUUUAGUGUUAGAAUCCCGUCUUACCUGUAACACUGUGUUUGAAUUAAAAGGACCCUGGUGAUCACAGGAAACUAGAUCUGUCACACUACAGUUUCGAGAUCCAAACCACCUGCUGUCUAAUUUGUGUUUUUCUGCUGUCGUAUCCUCUACUUCAACGUUUUACUCCUUUUGUUGGUUUGAGCCUUCCUUCCUUCAUGACUUCUUUUUGUUCUUCCUUCAUUUCUUCCUUCCUUCCUUUCUUCCAUCCUUCCUUCCUGACUUCCUUCCACCCUCCCUCCCUCCUGCCUCAAUGUGUUGGUUGGAUGGGAUGUAGGUAAAACCAAACAGCCCCUUUUCCUAGCGUAGCUGCUGGCUAACAUCAGUCAUCAUCAGGUAUAUAAUGUAAGAAACCUGCUCAGAUGUGACGACCCUGGAGUGACGCCCUCACUCCCUUUCCUCUGUUACAAACUCCUCCUCGGCCACAGUGCGCUUGGUCUGAUCGUCCAUGUGCUGUUUGCCUCGCUUUAUCCCAAACGAACACUAUUGACGUCAUGUAGAAUGUACAUGUCUUUAUUAAGACAAACCUUGAGCUGUUUGAACACAUACCACAAAUAAACUAACACAGCUUUGGUUUCUUGGUCACAUGAACACAAACGGUAAAAUAUCAAGAUGGAGUAUAAAAUAUCCACAUGCACUGUCUGUGUUUCCAUUGCUUUUCACAAUAGACAGUAUUAAAACGUUAGACGCAGCAGUGAUGAACAAGAAGCAUGAGCUGCAGAGAGCAGAAAACCCUUUUGCACUUUGGAUAAACACUUAUCACGCAGAACAAAGACGGAGUCACUUUACCACGUCACGGUUUGCAAACUUCACCGAAUUAGUUUUUAAGUUCUCAGAGCUCAGCCUGACGCUGAUCGUAAUGUUGCUGUGAUGUUUUAAAAAAACUAUAGUGGAAUUAUAUUUUCUUUGUGUCCCUUCCUCCAGUCUGUGUGUACAUUUAUUUGUGACUUUACUUAGUGGAGACCCAUUCAUGAAAACAGAUGGUGCUCUGUAUUGACAGUAUAAAGUAGAUUGUUGGAUUAUCUCUUUUUUUUUUCUUCAUGGAGAUGAGAUUGCUGUUUCAAUUUGUACAGCUAGUGCAUGGCUAUUUUCUGUCUUUAUUUUGUAAUUUAUUAAGUAUUGUUUCUGGGAUACAACCUGUAUGUAUAUGAGGCAUUUGUGUGUGUGCUUCCAUGUGUGCAAGUGUGUAUGAGUGUGUCUGUGCUCAAGGAGUUUAAGUUAUUCCAUUAUUCAGCUCAGCUAAUGCUCUUACUGUGUGUUUCUUCUUUCAAUUUGAUUAUCCACUCUCACUCUCCCCAAUCACUUUCUCCUUCUCGUUUUCCCUCUAAACCUUUUUUCAUUCCUCUUUUUCUGUCUUCCCCCCCGCUAUUUCCUUUUCCAAUUUAACCCAUGACCAUGUCACAAAUCAGGGGAAGUCAUUGCUCUGUGUGUGUGUUCGUGUGUGUGUGUGUGUGUAUGGGAAAUGUGUGGUGUCAUAUUAUAAAUGUGUCCAAUUUUGUUGAGGCGGUACUGGGCUGCUUUUAUUUUUAUGUUGGUUUAGAGGUGGAAAAAGUGGAAAUAGCGAGUCAUUUUUAAGUUGAUUGUAAUGCAGAACAUCAGAGCUAAGCUUGAAGACAAGGAAAAUAAAAUGUGAAUGUGGUAAA